CACAAUCUAAGUUGCCUAUAAAACCCAAACUCUCUCAUUUCUUCUCAUCCUCACUGUCACAAACGUAAGCUCAUCAGCUAAACCGCCAUAUACAGACAAUUUCCAAGUGCUUUAGUUUUCUUUCUCAUCUGUGACAGGAUGACCAUCCUUGUUCGGCAAGCCGAGCUUGAUAUGGGCGUUCAGGAGAAAGGAAUGGCACCUGAAGAGCUAAAGAAAGUGGAAAACGGUGGCUUCGUCGUGCCAGGGAGCAAUGCUUUUGGUAACACAUUCAGGGAUUAUAAUGCAGAUACGGCAAGGAAGGAGAUUGUUAAGGACCUCUAUAGGCAAAGCCACAUUGGCCACACCUACGAUUUCGUGAAGAAGAUGAGGGAGAAGUAUGGGAAGAUGGACAGGGUAGAGAUGAGCAUAUGGGAAUGUUGUGAGCUGUUGAAUGAUGUUGUGGAUGAUAGUGAUCCCGAUCUGGAUGAACCCCAAAUCGAGCAUUUGUUGCAGACAGCUGAAGCCAUCAGGAAAGACUAUCCUAAUGAGGAUUGGCUCCAUUUGACUGCACUUAUCCAUGAUCUUGGCAAAGUUCUGCUGCUACCGAGCUUUGGAGAGCUUCCUCAAUGGGCCGUUGUAGGUGACACAUUUCCUCUUGGUUGUGCAUUUGAUGACUCAAAUGUUCAUCCUGAGUUCUUCAAGGAGAACCCUGAUUAUGAUAAUCCCGCUUACAACACUAAGUACGGGGUUUAUUCGGAGGGAUGUGGGCUGGAUAAUGUGCUUAUGUCUUGGGGCCAUGAUGACUACAUGUACUUGGUGGCUAAGGAAAACAAGACUACACUACCAAAUGCUGGACUGUUUAUAAUCAGAUACCACUCCUUUUAUGCUCUGCACAAGGCAGGUGCAUAUACUCACCUGAUGAACGAGGAGGAUCGGGAGAAUCUGAAAUGGCUCAAAGUAUUCAACCAAUAUGAUCUGUACAGUAAGAGCAAAGUCAGGAUUGAUGUUGAGAAAGUGAAGCCAUACUAUGAGUCUCUCAUUAAGAAGUACUUCCCAGAAAAGCUCAAAUGGUGAAAUUCUGGAGGAUUCGGAACCUAUACACAUCUGCUUAAAAGCAUUAAUUGCAUCGCCGUGUUCUGUCUUGUUUGUUUAUUGUAAUAAUUUGGUGUACCAAAAGGGAGUUUUCUACUUCCUGCACUUUUAAUGUAUACAUAUCGCAAUUAUACAAUCAGACAACAUUUUCUUGAAAUUGAAUAAUCUCUUUUUCACGACUUAUUAUGAACAUUUUAUAUAGUUCCCUUUUAGCAUGUGAUGUUUAUGAUGCAUCAUAUCAACUUAUGGAAGGAACCCAUACUGUGAGAUGUUUCAUUACAUGAAUUUCCAGAAAUGUUCUUAACUAAAUCAUUGAAAUGAACUUACUUUGCAAAU